CUUAUGCCAUCGGCUUAUACGUUUGGAUGGUCGCAUUCGAAAAUCUACGCCCAAGGACUAUAUAUCGUCUAGGAAUAAGAGGGCAUUUAGCUCUUCCUCCAAUCAACAUUUUGACACCCAGCGGAGAUGAGCAUCCGUACAACGCGAUAAAGGAUCCUUAACCGUGCCGCAGCCGUCCUCUUCCCCUUUCAGGUCGUAUUUUCCAGGGUUCAAUUGUAUAUGCCUCUCUUCACAUAUUCAUCAUUCAGUUGCAUUUUGUUGGGGAGAUGCAAGUCCUUUUAAUAAAGCACUUCAUCCCUAAUCAUUAUCAUCACUCCCUCCCUUCUCUUUGUUCUUCAGUCACGAACAUACUUCAACCAGUGGAAGAAGAAAAAUCGAACGAAAGACAUGUCUGGCCUACCGUCCCCAACGGUUCUUGGCGCUCGAGUUGUCUACAGGGGCCUUAGAGCAGUCGAUGGAGCUCUUGAGAACGCUGCACUGGGCGUAGAGGCUAUCCAUCGAUCCUUCGCACCAUUGCCUGAUGUCACAGAGGACUAUGAUGAGAGUAAACCCGAAGGUUUGGUCGCAACCGGGAUUGAAGGUCUCAGGGCUCAGGUAAAGAGGGGAUUGCCUGUCACUGCUAAUCCUAUUAAAGCUACUGAAGCGCUGGUUGACAUUGCAGGAACGAAAGCUGGUCUCACCGAGGGUCUCGAUGACAGGAAGUUAGCUCUUGAAUAUCUCCUGACCUUCCUCUCUCGCGCUGACCCUGCAAUAACAACUCCCAUCGAACAUGGUGCUAUCCGAACUCUUUAUUAUGACCUCCCCCACCCACCUUCCACCCAAAUGGGCCAAGAUUACCAAUUCCGAUCUGCGGAUGGAAGUGGGAACUCCCCGUUGAAUCCUAAUAUAGGAAAGGCGGGCACACCUUAUUCCAGGAGUUGCACCGGGUUGAGGCCGCUUCCCGUGGCUGAUUUGCCUGAGGCUGGAUUAGUGUACGACGCGUUGAUUAAGAGGAAUGAGACCAAGUUUAAGGAACAUCCUGCUGGACUGAGCGGAUUGUUCUUCAAUUAUGCGACUAGCGUCAUUCACAGCGUAUUCCGUACUUCCCGUAUCGAUUGGAACAUCAACGAAACGUCUUCCUACGUCGAUUUGGGGAUGCUCUACGGAAAUACUCAAGCUCAUCAGGAUAAGAUUCGAUAUGUUGAUGGGAGGGGGAAGAUCCUUCCUGAUGUGUUCGCGGAAACGAGGUUGUUGAAUUUGCCACCUGCUGUGGUGGCUCUGUUGAUCGUUUUUAACCGGAACCAUAAUUACAUUGCAGACUUGCUUUUGCGUAUCAACGAACGUGGAACGUGGGAGCAGGACCUCAGUAAAAUUCAAGAACCCGAACCACCUUACAGCGGCACACCUGAAGUGAUCAAAGAUCCAGCGACGCAAGCGGCAGCUCCAAGGAAAUCGGCCAAGCGGAAGAUACUUGAGAAGCAGGACCACGAAAUUUUCAACACGGCGAGGUUGAUCAACUCUGCGACGUAUGCGAGCGUGGUGUUGGGUGAUUACCUUUCGGCUAUUUUGGGAACUGUGAGGGAUGGAUCGAGCUGGACGUUGAACAUUCAGGGGGAGAGGCGGGAGAGUGAUCAUCGGCUGUUGGAGAGGGGUCAGGGGAAUAGUUGUUCGGUUGAGUUUAACGUCCUUUAUAGGUUGCAUCCUAGUAUGAGCAAGGAGGAUGCGGACUACGCGGGGGAACGAUUUUCUUGGUUGUUCUACGGCGGUAAGACGCCUCCCAACUGGGAUGAGCUUACUCCCGACAUUUUCGAACAAACUCUUGGAGCGCUGCAACUUCAGGUGUUGUACAAGAGCUUCAAGAAGGAGGAUGGCAGUGAUGCGAAGGCUACCCCGCCUGCACUCGACAGCCUAACGGAGCCCCAACUCAACGACGUCAUUAACGAUGGAAAACCGGUUGAUUAUCUUCUUGAUCUGUUUACCUUCCGUGGGUUCAAGGAUGCGGAUGGUAAAUGGGACGUUAACCCUCGAGACCCCGACACCAAGAAAUAUAAAGAUGAACUUCUUGCUAGGGCUCUCGUUAGUGCGACGUCCGUUCCCGCGCACGCAUUCCAAGCUCGAGGCGUACCUGGAGUGAUGAGGGUGAUCGAAAUAUUGGGUAUCGAACAGGCCAGGAACUGGGGAUCAUGCUCGUUGAAUGAAUUUAGGAAAUUUUUGGGGUUGAAGCCUUAUGCGACGUUCGAAGAGUGGAACCCUGAUAAGAGCGUCGCAGAUGCUGCUAAGAAGCUGUAUAGGACGACGGAUAACUUGGAGUUGUAUGUGGGGUUGGUAUCGGAGGAGAGCAAGAAGGUCAUGGACGGAGCUGGAUUAUGUCCUUCUUAUACCAUGUCUCGUGCUAUCCUCGCCGAUGCUGUUGCCCUCGUUCGGGGAGAUCGAUACCUCACGUACGAUUUCACUCCCUUUAACCUUACAACUUGGGGCUUCUUCGACGGUGCCCGUAACGUGAAGAACGCUUCAUGGGGUGGUGUUCUUGGCAAACUUUUUGCUCGAACUCUACCUCGUCAUUUCAACUCCACUUCCGUUUACACUCACUUCCCACUUAUCCGCCCAACCGGGCAUCGUUUCUCCAUGGAUAAGAUUCUAGCUAAACUUGGGCAAGCGAAGGAAUAUACCUUCACUCCGCCCCCGCCCAUUGGAGAGACGUACCUUAUUUCGGAUCCGAAUGCUAUCUAUGACGGACUCGGGGACGCAGACCAUGUAACAGAGGGUCUUAUCACACUCUACGGCCAACGUAUCAAGAACGUUGGGCUCAGCCCCAGUUAUUUGACGGUGAUCGAUGAUCCAAGGUCAUGGGAGAAGGUGACGAAAUUGGUGCAGGAAGUUUUCGUUCCUGAUAGGGAGUUGGCGGAUAAUGGCAAGUGGUUCUAUAAUAAGACGAUCGAGUUGAUCGGACAGAAGUCGUAUACUGUGUUGGAGAAGGGUGGACCGAAGUAUGUGGAUAUCGUGAAGGAGGUGUUGAGGCUUGUCCCGGUUCAUUGGGUCUCGCUUCGGGUUGCUGGGCUACCUGUGAAGACGGCCUUCCAGCCGCACGGACUCUACUACGAGCAACAGAUCUAUCAGAUGCUCAAGGAGAUCCAUUCGUAUAUUUUCAUCGAGGGUGAUGCCACUUUGGAGAUUCCGGCUCAGAGGGAGGCGAGGGCCAAUGUAGUUCGUCUCCGCCGAUUCGUUAAGCUUAGCUUGGUGGAGGCCAAGGGCAGUCUUCCUGUCUCUCUUAUCAACGGUCUUGCCGGGUGGUUCCUUGGCGAUGUACCUCAAUUUACUAAUCGUGUUCUCAAACGUCUUCUUGGUUUGGGUGCUCCUCUUGAUGAGGUUGCCAACGAUAUCAUUGGCGUCAUCUCCUCCGCAUCUAUCGAACUCUCGCAGAUCUUCACGCAUGUCAUCAACUUCUACCUCCCUCCUGUGGACAAGAAUGCCGCCGAUUAUGCUUCGAAGCAAGAUCUUUAUGAAAAGAUUGUCCUCCUUGCUAGCAAGGGAUCUGAUCCUUUGGUACUCGCUACUCUUGAGGGUUACGUUCGUGAAGCUCUCCGUUUGGAUCCCGUCAUCGAAGGUGUCUGUCGCGUCGUUACAAAGGACAUUCCUGUUGGCCCUCUCGCCAGCAAGGCGGGGGAUAGGCUGUACUUCGAUUUCGGCAAGGUCGGAAAAGACGAAUCGGCGUUUAGCAACCCUGAGAACAUCAGCCCUGAGGACGUCGAGCCUCAACGUCCUCUUUCGGAUUAUGCUCAUUAUCAUGGUGAUACAGUUUUCAAGAGCUUGGGUCCAGCGUUUGUCACCCGCGUGGCUGCGGAGGUUCUUCGCGCUGUGUUCUCUAAACCCAAUAUUUCACGUACGAAGGGCGUGGCCGGUACUCUUCGACGAUACCGUGAGCCUGUUAUCACUGUCGACGACAAGGUUUCGAUCAAAAAUCAAAAACUUGUUCGUUACCAGAAAGUCGAUGAGGACGGCGAGCUCGUCGAUACUGAUUGGUAUGAGACUGUGAACGAGUACAAGCUUACUCCCGGCGAUCCGACGGAGGCGGCUGAUCGAUGGUCCUACCUUGAUCCCGAAAUCGGUCAUCAGCCCAGUCCUUGGGCUACGGGGCUCACCCUUACUUACGGCGCAUGAGGGCGGUAGCUUUCUGGAGUCUCAUAUUUCUGCUCUUUCUUGUUUUCUCUCGCAUGCGAAACUCUCUUGCUUUAACGAACUCCAUGUCGAUGGUGAUUUUUAAGGAGUGUGGAUGGAUUUUUACCAAUUUAGACUGAAAAUGAGAAUUCUGUGCUGCCCAUCGGGACAAUGCGCCUUGCGUGCUGACUUGUCAAACAGGGCGGACGCAGUUUUGCGUAUUCACAGAGGGUCUUAUUCUAUUUAUGUAAGAAGCUAUUUUCAAAGGAGAAAUCGCAGACUCGCG